AUGAGACUCAUAGAGGUGAUGAGGAAGAAACUGGAGGAAUUGGGGGUGUGUGUGAGUAAAGAGGGAACAGUGGCCGAGUACGGGAUGCUGGCUCUAGACGACAUGGAGGAGGGAGAGGUUGUAUUCACCAUCCCCAGAUCAGCUCUCCUCCACCAGGAAACAACCACGGUGUCUGUCGUGCUGGAGAAAGAGAGGUCUUCUCUGGAGAGCUCGUCUGGCUGGGUCCCCCUGCUGCUGGCUCUGCUGUAUGAGUAUACGUCUUCACAGUCCCAUUGGAAACCCUACCUCUCUCUGUGGACCGACUUCAAGACUCUGGACCACCCCAUGUUUUGGUCCUGCAUCCCAGAGGCCGUGGACACAGACCUGGCUAACAUCCAGAGGGACGACACAGACCUGGUCCUUCCCUUCAUCGCCAAGCACCCGGACCUGUGGAACCCCGACACGCACACACUGGAGCUGUACACGAAGCUGGUGGCCUUCGUCAUGGCCUACAGUUUCCAAGAGCCAGAGGAAGAGGAGGAUAAGGAGAAGGCCCCAAACCCACCGAUGAUGGUUCCCAUGGCCGACAUGCUGAACCACGUGUCCAAUCACAAUGCAAUCCUGGAGUUUACACCGGACAGUUUGAAGAUGGUUUGCGUGCGCCCAAUUCUCAAAGGCGAGGAGGUGUUUAACACCUACGGGCAGAGAGCCAACUGGCAGCUGCUGCACAUGUACGGCUUCACAGAGCCUUACCGGAGCAACGGCAAUGACACCGCUGACGUCCCCGUCGCCAACCUCUACAAGGUCGCCAUGCAAGCUGUUCAGUCUGAUUCGGAGUGGCAGUUGAUGGAGGAGCAGUGUCAGAUGAUGCGAGAGAAAGGAUCCUUCAUCUUUGGCAAACAGGGCUGCCUCACAGACACAGAGCUACAAACCGCGCUCAAGAUGAUGUGCAUGUCAAAGGAGGAGUUCUCAGAGUUCAAGGAUAACGAAGGGUGGGAGGAAGAUGAGGAGGAUGAGAAUCCCCUCCCUUUCUCCAACGAGGACCUCCCCGGGUUGAAGGCUUCGUGGAAACGCCUCAUUCAUGAAGCAGCCCGUCUGACCGUGAGGUCCUACAGAGACGUGGAGGGGGGACAGGGUGUGAAGAGCGACCAGGCGCUGAUGGAGGACAAGGCAGCGUUUGAAGGACUGGGCAGCAGGAAGCAGAACGCUAAUGUGUAG